GGACUGGGACUUAGACUUUUUUGAGAAGUUAUGCAGAACAGUUGCCCAUUUUUGUAAAUGAGAAGCUCCCGACUAACAUUAGGGUCUAUACAUACGGUAUAUUGGCAAACCUACGGUUAAUCGAACAGGCAGCUAACAUUUUUACUUCAGUGGGUGUAACUUCAGUGCCCGAGGACAUACUGGCAUCAGCGGAUAUGAAAAUGAAUGACAAGCUGAAAGAGGUGCUGAGAAGUCUUAAAAGUUACCUGAGUAAACCAAACUCUGAAUGUGAGGGAAAUGCAGCAUCGUCUGUAUCCAAGAAGAAAAAGAAGAAAAAGAAGAAGGAAAAGAAGGAAAAGACAGAAAAGCAAGAAGAUCUAAAUGAUGAAGUUUCCACUGCAACAACUGAUCCAACAACAAAAGUUCCUGUUUUAGAAUCAACUUCAAAUGUAAAGCCUUUUGACAACAGCGUCAUUGAAAAAGCAGAAAAACAAAAAUGGCUUCCAAUCAGCGAGAGGUGGAAGGAGAAACUGGAGAAACUUGUUGGCUCAGAUGACAGUAAAAUAUCCAGAAUCAGAAGCAUUAUUUAUGUGAAAGAUGCAGAAUUCAGAAUAGCGAAGGGAAGCGAUGGUACUGAAGUCUUCUUGGGGCUGAGAGAGGACGGCACAGAAGUUGCCAUUAAGAGAAUGUCUAAAAGCAACUAUGACGAGCUGAAGAACGAAGAAGUAAUUCUACGACAUCCAGAACUCGAUCAUCCUUAUAUCGUACGAUAUGUUGAUGCUGCAGAGGAUGAGAACUUUGGAUAUCUUUGUCUGCAACUUUGUGAAUACACCUUGGAAGAAUAUAUCAAGAAUGAUCACCAUGACUCACUGAUGUUAAAGAAACUUGUCAAACAAAUUCUUGAAAGUCUAAAGGUGCUUCACUGUGGAAAUCCUAAAAUUCUCCACCGAGAUCUCAAACCCCAGAACGUUCUGAUUGAUGUUACUGGGAGGGCAAGAUUAGCUGAUUUUGGCAUAAGCAGACGCUUACUCAAAGGCCAAACAACUUUACGUACACGCAGUGCAGGAACCGAAUGCUGGAUGGCCCGAGAGACUUUAGCAGAAGAAUCUGUGAUAUCAUACAAGUCAAGCACAGACAUCCAGGUGGCCGGGAUGCUGAUCUAUUAUAUCCUUUCUGGAGGCCACCAUCCAUUUGGUGACUUGGACUUUAAAUCCUUUAAAUGUGAGUCAAACAUUUAUGAUGGGAAGUACAGUUUGGAUCACAUUCAAGAUGUGGUGGCAAAAGAUCUCAUCGAGUGGAUGAUCAACAAAGAGCCAAAGGACAGACCCAAAGUAGAAGAAUGCUUAAACCAUCCCUUCUUCUGGACUUCUGAAAAGAAAACUGAAUACUUGAAAAAGAUUGGUAACAGAGACGAUGUCGCAAACUAUAGAAAGGCUGAACAGGAGCUGAUUGAUUCUCUAGAAAAAUGUGCUGUGGACGGAUCCUUUAAGCAGUGGAAGAAUAAG